AAGGGCCAACUUGGCCAAGGGUUUAUCUGCCCAACUUGUCGUAGCUCACUAAAAAGGAAGUACAUGUACUUUAAAGAUGGAAGAGUAGAACGGGGAAUAAAGUCACUUAAGGUUUAUUGUACCAACACGGAUAGUGGGUGCCAAUGGACAGGGACUAUUAAGGAUAUCGACACUCAUCUAAAUAGUUGUACCUAUCAUGAACUGGUACCUUGUACCAAUGGAUGUGGAGAGAUGAUUAGGAGAAGUAAACUGGAGACACAUCUGACAGACAACUGUCCUAAGCGAAUUGUUAACUGUCAGUAUUGCAAGCGAAGAGCCACACACCAACUGAUAACAAGCUGCAGUCAUCUUGAUGAGUGUCCUGACCUCCCAAUCCAAUGCAGUAAUGAAGGUUGCGAUGAGAAGAUACCACGACGUUCACUAGCAUCACACGAGGAGACCUGCCCUAAAGCUAUUGUACCAUGUGAAUACAAUACUGUUGGAUGUCAUAAGGUAAUGAGGAGAGAAGAACAAGAGAAGCACAAUGAAGAAGCAAUAAAACAACAUCUGAAGGCAGCAGUGAAGAAGAUCGAGGUACUACUUCCAACCAACCAACUCUUUAAGCUAAAUGAAUACACAGAACUGAAAGAAGAAGAAGAGGAUUGGUAUAGUCCAAACUUCCACACGUCACCAGGAGGAUAUAAGAUGUCAUUAAAUGUUGUUGCUAAUGGAGAUGGUGAUGGUGAAGGCACACACGUCUCUUGCUUCAUAAAUCUUGAGGCAGGAGAAUAUGAUGAUUUGUUGGAGUGGCCAUUUCAAGGAGAAGUUACUAUAGAACUGCUGAAUCAACUGGAGGAUAAGAAUCAUAAGAAGGAUAUUGUUACAUAUAAUGAAUCAACAGAUGACGAAUACAAACAUAGAGUGAGUGGUGGUAGAAGCACAGCUGGGUUGGGUUUUAUGCAGUUCAUAUCACAUGAAGAGUUAGAGCAUAAUCCAGCUACUAAUUGUCAGUAUCUUAAAGAUGAUAGUCUGUACUUCAGAGUCAGUGUAAAGGUUACAAGUACAUCAAAGACAAAGCCAUGGCUAGUGAGAUCAGCCAUAUAAUAGAC